UGGAGCCUGGAUAGAGUGAUGCCUUCAGGUGUGGCAUGUGAUCACAGGCAACUCAGGAUCAGCUCUCCAGCCCCAGAACUUCUGCUGGAACUGCUGUGAGUUGAAAGCUUUCUUCCCACUGAGGGGCAAAGCUUCUAGGUAUCUGAAGAUGUUGAAGACCAUUUCCUGGAACAACAGAGGUAAAUGCCCAGAGGAUGAGAACAUAUAGCCAUUAGAAGAACCUGAAAGUUCGGUGUCACUGAAAGAUGAAGUUCAAUAGAAGGGACAAACUGCAAAGCACAAGCUGGAGAGGUUUAGAGCGAUUGUGGAACGGAAUGACUCGCCGGAGCUGCAGAUUGAAGGUGUAUUUUCAUCUGACUUUGGUGAUUAUGGUUCUAAUCUCUCUGGGAAAAAGCUGAGCUGAAAGGGCUUUAGGCAGGAGGCAGCUGGAGAAAAAGUGCUUAGAAGAUCUGUCUGUAAGCGGGCUAAGGUAGAGCUCUCCGCAUUGAGAGCAGAGACCUAAGACGACCCCACACCGCAAGGAAAGUUUCACCAACAGGUGGUCUCGCUGCUGCGCUCAGAGCCCAGCCCUGUGGACACAGCUCGGGCGCGCGGGAAGCAGGCGAACGACAUUCUCCUAGCGCUCCUGCUCUCAGGAGCCCGGGAACCCUGGACAGAGGCGCAGCCACCUUCCCAGCCUGAGGUGAGACUUUGCUCGCCAUCCACGCAACCACGCAUGCCAGCAACCUGCGCAGAAAGGCCCGUAGGUGGCUCUCCCGGACCUGGAAGCCUCUCCCUCCGCUGCUCAUGUGGGUCGGCUUGAUUCUACCUGGGCCCAACGUGUGCGUGAUAAUCAUGGCAGUGGUUAGCAGCUGCUAAGCUUUUCGUGCGCUUCAGGCGCUGUGCUAUGUGCCUAACGUACCCACUAAAUUCCCUCUGAGAUGAAGUAAUUCGUGCUGCAGAGAUGGAGGAGUGGGGUGAAAGGCCUUCUGGAAAGCCCAGUUCUGUUCUACAUUCCUGUACCCAUUCACCAGAGACCCCCAGUCCCUCCUAGCAAUCCUCAAACCACAUCGGACCGGAUCUCGGGUGUCUGUCGAGAUGAUCCCUCAUUUCUGCCAACCUGGGACCCCCUGAGAGCUUCGCUGUGAACUCCUGCUCCCCGGUGGGCACAGCCUGGCUCUCAGGACCACAGGAUGGAAGGGAAACAGGUGGAGGGAGACUGGCUCGUCCCUGGGACCCUCCCCGUCUGAGUUUAACUGAACUGGAGUGAGGGAGGCAUGGAGCUCCAUGGUUGGAGAAAAAGGAGUGCAAAGACCCGGGCUCUCCAUCCUCAUAGUCCCGCCAAGUCCUGGGGAGGGGGAAAGCAAGGGACAAGACCCGUCCGCCACAUCCCCCCUGGCACCGGACCUGCAAGUGUUCCUCGGGAGGUCCAGGUAGGCGAUAGGGUCCGCGGAGCCCCACAGUAUCUACCUAUCCAGCGCCCCCGCCCGAUCCCCAAGAUUAACUCCGCGUUCAGUGCGUCCCCUCAUCCCGCACCCAGAGAGGCCACGCCACGGAUGCCCUCUCUGCCCAGCCUCACCUGUGCCGGGGAAGGCGCCAAUCACCGGGCCCAGAGCGCCGCACCAGCGGUGACCGCGUCCUCCCAGCUCAUUGAGUCCCUCGCACCCGUGGCCGUUUGUGCCAGGCGGGCCGCGUCCCCUGGGGUCCUCUUGACCGCGGCUCCAGCUCCCGCCGCUGCCCGCGCUGGAGACCUGACAACUUUUCUGAACCGCCGCCUCCAGCUCGCACCCUUCCUGGGCUCCAGGACCCUCCCCUGUGCGCCCCCAUCUACACCGUCGCCGCCCGGAUCCGGAGCCGGAGACGGCCUGGGCGCAGGAGGAGAGAGAGCGCGGGUGGCGGGGAGGGGAAAUCGCUCCAGGGCUGCUGCUGGCGGCGCCGGGGACGGGGAGGAGAUGGGGCCGCUCUCACCCGGGGCUGGAACUGCCUGUCCGCGUGGACCCGCUCCUCUGGCGCGGAAACUCCGAGUCUGCAGACUCCCGCAGUCCUGGAGACUUCUGCCGGGAACCCGGGACACCAAGAGGGGCCCAGCCCUCCCCCACCUCCCUCCUGACCGUCUCUCCGGGCAGGAGGUCUGCGCUCCUCUUCCUCUCACAAUUGCGGGUCACAUUUGCGGAUGCCAGGAGAGCUCAUGCCUUGGGAAAUUAAAAAUCCCAUCCAGUUGAUUCGGAACCACCUUCCAGAUACACUGAGAGGAAAAAGAGCAGCGUGCACGACCGUGUGAACAAGGGAUGUACACGUGUUUGUAUACAUGGACGUGUACCUGCAUGUAUAAAUGUGUAGGGGAAAACACUCAAACAUGCGGAAACACACCAGAGAAAGGGUAAUCGCUCACUAUUCACCCUUAUUGACUCAUUGAGUUUUUAACACCGUAAGCCUGUGCUAACUAUUAAGGUGAAAAUUCCUCCUUUUCCCCACAGAAUUGUCCCUGCAACAGCAGGUUUUUAGUUGGUUUGGUUUGGGCUUUGCACCAUGGGGCAGGAGAAAUCCAAACUUUCGGUCUGCCCCUAGCCUUUCCCGCUGAUUUGCACCCUGUGCGCUCUACUUUCAUGGAAGUUGCCACUGUCACGGCCCAACCAGAAGAUUCCUGUUCUGGCUUGAUCUGCAGGGGGUGUGAGUCGGAGUCUGAUCCCUCUCCCAACCCUGCUUCCAGUGAAUGAACAGCAUUCAGACACCAGCCUCGUCCCCUCCCCAGUCCCCAGGGCAGCACCCUCUGUGUCUGCAGACCCUGGAGGCAAGGCCCAGUCCCCCACACACACCUAGGGCUGGCUCCGUGCAACCUCAGAAAGGAAGCCUGCUUGCCCACAGUGUCACAGCAGUCUCCUUCAGUGGAGCAUCGCAGGGUGUCCUGAGCCAGGAAGGCAUUUCAAAAGAAAAUAGAAUAAAGAAAAACUCCUGUGAUUAAAUGACAAAGAAAGAGAUAGAUGCUAGCAAUGAAGAAUCCAUUUUUGUCUCCAAAAUUGGGCUCAACAGGGCUGAGAGAGGAGGGGUGGGCUCGGACAACCCACUCAUCCUGGGAGUAUGUCCCUGAUACAGCAUAUUGGAGAGUUCUCCUCCCAGGAUGAGCUUGAAGCCAGCUCACUGGUUUUCUAAGUUAGUUCCAUUUGCCUGCAGUGGGGAGAAGGCAGCUGUGGUAACAUCUCAGCCAGGCCAGGGUGGGAUAGGAAUAACACUGGGGAGUCACAGGGUGGAAAACCCUAAACAACACCUGAAACAAGAACUGCACAAAGAAACACAGGAUGACUGAAAACCCAAAAUAUGGAACAAAACCAGCCAAAACCCAGUCAGGGUGACAGGCCUACGACUCUUCCGGGCGAACCCAAUUAAGGGAGAAAGGGGGCAUUCUUGGGGAGUCCCUGAAAUCUCCUCUGUAUUAGUCUGAUCUCAUACUGCUAAUAAAGACAUUCCUGAAGCUGGGAAAUUUAUAAAGGAAAGAU